ACCUCCGGGCGCUCCCUUCCCGGGGCCGCCGCUACCUCCCAGAGUGCGGGGCCAUGAGGGGGCCGCGUCCUGUGGCGGGAGCCCGCGGGGCUGCAGCAUGAGCGGUCCUUGCCUGGGGCUGCGCAGGGCCGGGGUCCUGCUGUCCCUGGGCGCCGCCGCCCUCCUGCUGCUGCUGCUGCCGCGGGGGCAGCGCCCCGCCGUGCCCCGCCCGCCGCCCGCCGCCGGGCCCAGCGCGGCCCCGCCGCCCCGCGCGGGCCCCGGAGGCUCUGCCGGAGCGCUGCGCGGCGGGCCCGGGGCCGGCGGCCGUGGCGGAGGCCUCACGGGCAGCGCGCAGCUUGCGCGGAGGGGCCGCCUCGGGGCUGCCGGCAGCUCGGCCAGGGAGAGCCUAGAGCUGAAGGACAUCUUUAUUGCGGUGAAGACCACGAGGAAAUACCAUAAAAGCCGGCUGGACUUGCUCCUCCAAACCUGGAUCUCCCAGGCGAGGGGACAGACGUUUAUAUUCACAGACUGGGAGGAUCGGGAGCUACGCCUGAAAGCAGGGGAUCAUAUGAUCAACACCAACUGUUCUGCUGUCCAUACCCGGCAAGCUCUGUGCUGCAAGAUGUCUGUGGAAUAUGAUAAAUUCCUAGAAUCUGGGCAAAAAUGGUUUUGCCAUGUGGAUGAUGACAAUUAUGUGAACCCUCGGACUCUCCUACAUCUCUUGUCUGCCUUCUCACACAGCCAGGAUGUUUAUGUGGGGCGACCAAGUCUGGACCAUCCCAUUGAAGCAGCUGACCAUGUCCAAAGUGAUGGAUCAAAGACAACCGUGAAAUUCUGGUUUGCCACAGGUGGAGCUGGAUUCUGUAUCAGCCGAGGUCUUGCCCUGAAGAUGAGUCCCUGGGCCAGCCUGGGCAAUUUCAUUAGUACUGCAGAAAGAGUGCGUCUUCCUGAUGACUGCACUAUUGGCUACAUCAUUGAAGGGCUGCUGGAGGUAAAGCUGCUACACAGCCCAUUGUUCCAUUCCCACCUGGAAAAUCUGCAGAGACUGCAAGGCGAGUCUGUGCUGCAGCAGGUAACCCUGAGUUACGGCGACCCUGAGAACAAACACAAUGUUGUGAGUGUGGGAGGAGUGUUUGGCCUUCAGCAAGAUCCAACCCGAUUUAAAUCUGUCCAUUGUCUGCUUUAUCCUGACACUAUUUGGUGCCCUGCUAAGAAGAUGUCAUAAUUCUUGACCAGCCACUGACACCUAUGUCUUGGCUAGUUUGCAUAAGGCAAGAGUUGUGGAGAUUUUUGGUGAUUUUAUUCUUCUUCUGGGAGACAACCACAAAGGAGGUAGAGGACUCUGUUUAGGAAAGCAAUAAGGCAUGGUUUGUUCAGCUGCAGCCUGGGACAUUCCAAGAAGAAUCUUUGUUCUUUUGUCUAGUGGCUCUUCAUAAGAUGACCGCAGUCCUGUGUGUAUGAGUCACUUCACACUUUCAUCUGAUGUCAGUGAACCUGUGCUUGGGCGCAUCUGAGGCAAAUGCAGUACUGGGAGUGAGAAUGUUCUUACCACCCUUAGGGGUUAUUAGAAGCCACUGUCUUGAAGCUGGAGUGCUAGAGCAGACUGUAGUCCCCAUGGCGACGAGAGAAGGGAAGUUUUCACUUAUCUUUCUUGGGAACAGAAUUAUUUAAGAGCUUCUGUGGCCUGCCAGAUUAAAACUCCAGUGGGCCAGAAUAUGGAAAUCCUGGAAUCACUCUGGUAAACAAGGCUGAAAGUCUUUGUCAUGAGAAAACCCUGUAUGAGGGUAAGCUCACUGAGGACUGGAUAAGUUGCUUACAAUGUACAUUCUCCCCAUUCAUCCAUGUGUACCUCCUGUGGAGGUAAUUGUCAGACCUGGCUCUCAUGCCAGCUGAAUUGCAAUGGUUGGUAAUUAUGAUUGAUUCCCUUGAUAUUUGAUAUUGAAGAAAUAUUUACCUGACAAGAUUGUUCCUCCCACUUGGCUGGUAGUUGGUCACAUGAUUUGGAGAAGCUUGUGCUGGCAAAACACAAGCAGUGUGAGGGGGAAGGGAUACCAAGGAGGGUGGGUUUUGAUGAUAUCAUUUGAGGACCUUUAAUUGUAUGACUUAGUUUUGAAAGUGGAAGGAAUGAGGCUCUAUGUGUUUACUUUUCUGUUAGCCCAGACUUUGGCCAUGUGCAAACCCUACCUGACCUGAAGAAAAUACCUUUGCAAAAUCACUGUUUACUCUUAUAAAAAAUACUUACUGGUUUAGUGCUAGAGUAUGAGGCCAAAUUAAGAGUAAUAGAAUGCCAUUGUAUAGUCUGGAGCUGUGAUUACUGGCUUGAUUGUGGACCUAACCGAAGUUUCAGGUUUCUAAAUGGCUGUUCUCUGCUGUACUGUGGGCUUCAGCUAGUUAUUUAACUUCCUGGCAAAUGCCUGUAGUGUAUUCAACUAUGCCACUUUGCACAGGUGCCAGCCUCCUGAAAUAUACCGUGUUCCCUGCAUUUUAACAAACCUUCCAAUGUUUACCUCAGUACAUUGUCCUCCUUGUAUGAUUUUAUGUAGUUCCACUGAGGAGCAAACAAGCUGACUGCUGCUUACUACAGUCCUGCAGCUUAUUCUUGUAUUUCUCCUUUCUAUCAUGUGUGCUAAGGUACACAUGAGGUAUGGAAAUAAGAAAGCUGCAGGGAGCUGGAUCAAAGCCCAGCUAGCACAGUGGCUGUUCCAUAAUGGGCUGUCAGUGUUACAGGUGUGCCUGUCACAGAAAAUAGAAGAGGAUUUGUGGAAUAGUAGGUUCUACCUCUUUAUUAGGUCUUCUGCUAAGUAGAAGUGCGGCAUCCUGUGGUUUAAUUAUUUGUCAUUAAUAGUUCUGGAGGCUCCUGCUAGCCAUACUUUUUUUUUUAAAAAAACACUUGUUAGAUUUUUGGUGAAACUUCAUGAGCUCUUGAAGUGAUUUUGUCUUCAAGCACUGCUUCUGAACUCUUUUUUUGGAACUUUUCUUCCCCUUCCACUGGAAGCAGCCUCUUGUAAGAUGACACAGACCAAGUAAGGACUGGGCAGCAAUUGUGGCAAACUGCAGUUUAAAAAUUACAACACUUUAUAUUGAUGGCAGCAAAACUAAACGGUAGAAGUUUCACACUGUGGUCCCUCGUCACACUAAGUGUGCCAAAGAGGCAGUGCCCUCAAAGCUGUGAGCAUGUUUAUGGAGCUUAAAAAGGACCAUGUUCUCCUGCAGGGCAACGGGCAACUGCUCAGCGUGUUCAGGCUCAGUCCAAGGUUUCUUGUGUUGAGAAUACAGUAAGCUGUUUGGAUUUAUCAGGAUGCAGCUUUUUUAUCAAACUACUUUUUCAUACAUAAAGUGAUUCUAUAAAAUAAAUAUUGAAAUAUUUCAAA